GAGCUCGACUGAUUUUUCCCGUGUUCCAGGUCUUUAUCCUUUCCAUCUGCCAAAACACCAUCGGCUGCUGUUCUGGCAGCUUGAAUUAUGGCCAUGAUGGUUUCACCAACUGACUUUCUCGACGCUCAUUACUACCUUUACUUGUUUGUCCUCUUCACUGGUGCUUUCCUCCUUCGAGACACACUUCGAAAUCGCCAUCUAUCCCGAUUUCCUCACCUCAACCCCAAGGCUGUGACGGAGCUGACCAAAACUCGCAUCCGCAAGGAGUUCUUCACCACAUCCUACACCAUCAUUCGUCAGUGGUUCCACACCAACCCCGACAAGGCAGUCCGGGUCACGGCAGAUGUGGGCGAUGUCAUCAUCUUGCCCGUCCGACUGGCCAAUGAAAUCAAAAACGACCCCCGGUUGAGCUUUGGAGAGUUUAUUUACAACUCGUUCCACGCGAGCCUACCGGGGUUUGAAGGCUUCAGAGAGGGUGCCAGGGAUUCGAGGAUUGUGCAGGCAGUCAUAGUGCGCGAUCUGACAAAGCACCUGAACAAGGUGACCGAGCCUCUGGCAGAAGAAACGAGACUCGCGCUUGAUGAGCUACUACCCCAUACGAUGGCGAGUGCAACAUGGCAGCCCGUCGAGAUUCGCGAUACAAUCCUACACCUCAUUGCACGCAUCUCCUCUCGCGUGUUUCUAGGCAGCGAGCUCUGCCGAAAUGAAGACUGGCUCAAGGUCACACGCGACUACACAGCUGAUGCUAUGCGCGCGGCUAUUGAGUUACGUUUCGUCCCCAAGCCUGUGCGGUUUCUGGCACACUGGUUUAUGCCGUCUUGCCAAAAAGCAAGAGUGCAUGUCCAGGAGGCAAGACGGAUCAUUGGGCCUGUUCUGGAAAAGAGAAGAGCACAAAAAAUGGCCGGCAACGGCAAUUUUGACGACGAUGCUAUUGAAUGGUUCGAGCGCGAGGCACAAGGCAAACCGUAUGAUCCUGUCAUUGCGCAGCUUGUCAUGAGCAUGGCAGCCAUCCAUACCACGACCGAUCUGACAGUGCAGGUUUUGGCCGAUUUGGUCCAGCAUCCUGACAUGAUUGACCCUCUGCGCGAAGAGAUCGAGUCGGCUCUUCGGGAGGGUGACUGGACCAAGAACUCGCUUUACAACAUGAAGCUUUUGGACAGCGUGAUCAAAGAGAGCCAGCGGAUCAAGCCAAUCGGCCUUGUCUCGAUGCGUCGUGUGGCUACAGCGCCCCUCACCUUGUCAGACGGCACCUACAUUCCCAAGGGUGCCACGAUUGCCGUGUCAGCAGAGCGCAUGUGGGAUCCAGCUGCUUAUCCUGGAGCUGACUCGUGGGAUGGCAACCGCUUUCUGAAGAUGCGAUCUGUUCCAGGCAGCGAGCACGUUGCGCAGUUGGUUAGCACCAGCCCUGAGCACAUGGGCUUUGGACACGGACAGCAUGCCUGUCCUGGGCGCUUUUUCGCGGGGAAUGAAGUCAAGAUUGCGCUUGUUCACUUGUUGCUGAGAUAUGACUGGCGACUACCCGAGGGAGCUGCAGCCCCAAAGCCAAGAACACUGGGCUUUGGUCUUGGGGUUGAUCCGAGCCUGCGCUUGGAGUAUCGGCCGAGAACCAGAAAUCUGGGCGAUCUGGGUGGCAUUGAGGUUUGGUGAGAUUGGCAGGAAUCUGGAGAGACGGGGCGAGGUAUCUUGACUGGGCCUAGUGCGGCAGAGAUUAGAGUCACUGAAAGGGAAUGUACGGAUAUGCAUGUGUUGGUGUUGUACAGUACCUAGUCAUAGGUAGAAAAUUCAUAUUAUUUGAGCCA